AUGCGCGAUGGCACAACUCUCCGGGGUGACAUCUUCCGCCCUAUCACCAGCGAUGAGACUCCAGUCCCCGCUCUCCUAGUCUGGUCUCCCUGCGGCAUAUCCGGCGCCCGAGUCCUGAACCUCUCAUUCAUGCCCGACCGCGCUGAUAUCCCAGAAUCCGCAUUGUCCGGGUAUGAGAAAUUCGAAGGGCCUGAUCCGGCUGAGUGGGUUCCGCACGGGUAUGCUGUGGUAAACAUGGAUGCGCGUGGGGCGUUUGAUUCUGAGGGUGAUAUUCGGGCUCUUGGUUCCGGUGAGGGGGAGGAUGGGUUUGAUGUGGUUGAGGAUGUUGCGAAAAUGCAUUGGUGUACGGGGCAUGUGGCGCUUGUGGGAAAUUCUUGGCUCGCAAUGGCAGCGUAUCAUAUUGCAGUUCAACAACCUACGUCCUUGAAGUGCUUCGCACCGCUGGAGGGCGCGAGCGAUUUCUAUAGGGAAGACGUCGUGUCGUGGGGCAGUUCCGCGGCCUGGUUCUGGUAUGCUGUCAUGGCCGGCUUUUCAGGUCGAGGCCAAACAGAGAACCCUGCUGCGGUAGCAGAGCAGCACCCAGACUGGUGUGCGUACUGGGAAGACAAGAGAGUAGAUUUUCGUAAGAUCCCAAUCCCGGCGUACGUACUUGCAAACUUCUCGACCGGCUUGCAUACCGAGGGGAACGUACGGCGUUUUGAGGAAUCGAAGACUAUGCAGAAGUGGCUUACAUGUCAUGACACGCAAGAGUGGUACGACUUGUACUCUUCCAAGCGAAUCGAAGAACUCGCCUCUUUCUUCGACCGCUUUCUCAAAGGCAUCUACAAUGACUUCGAAAAGACACCAAAAGUGCGAGCUGCACUUCUCGGCUUCAAUCAGCCAAACAUGACCGAUGUCGUCCUCGAAGGCUGGCCAGCACCACAGACUCAGUACACUAAGCUCUUCCUGUCCCAAGGCGGAUGCCUGGCAGACUCCGCACCGCAAGAGGCCGGCACAGCCUCCUACCGAUCCGACAUCCAAGCCGAGCAGAAAGACGCCGAUUCCGAAGAAGUCACGUUCUCACACACCUUCACCGAAAGAAACCAUCUCCCCGGCUACUCCAAGGCCGAACUUCACGUCUCCUGCCCAGACCACGACGACCUCGACAUCUUCCUCCAGAUCCGCAAAGCAGACAAGGAAGGGAACAUCCUCCGUUCCCAGAACAUUCCACUCUCCGCGCUCAACAUGUCGCAGGAAGACGUCCCACCAGUCAACCCACUCCAGUGUCUCGGACCAACCGGGAUCUGUCGCGCGAGUCGUCGGGUUUUGGAUGAGAAGUUGAAUAAGCCGUGCUAUCCGGUGCCAUCGUUGAGGAAGAAUGAGAAGGUCUAG